GAGAAGCGGCGUAUGGGCUACACCGAGGCGCGCGACGUGGAUCGCUUCGCAGUCUACCUGCUGGCCAAAGGUGCUGCGGGCAACCCUCUUCAGCCCGACGAGGAGUACGAUCCCGAGGCGGGACCAGCCACAGACGAGGAGCUAACGUUGCUUUGCAUCGACGAGGCACACCUCCUCAGCGAACCACCUUCGAACGAAAGCCGGGAGAUCUUCCUCCGCGACAUGCCCAUCGAG